AUGAUAGUUAUUUAAAUUUGUGCUUCAUUAUUAGUUUAGGAUAUUUAAGAUGAAAACGAAGAUACAAUUAGAAAAUUGGAUGGAUAAUUGUUGCUAUUAGUGGAUUUUUAAUAGAAUACUUAUUAAAAUAUAGUUAAUAAUAACAAUAUGGAUAAGAAUUUCGAUAAUAACGAAGAAAUAUAAUCAAUUAGUAUUAUCUACCAAACUCCUAAUGUAAAAACAAGGCCUGCCACAAAUUAAUUCUUAAAAAUAAAUAAAUUGGUAAUCAAUAGAAGAAAAAGGAAUUCUGUUUUUUCUUAAAGCAUUUACAAGAAUAGUACGAAUAGAAAAUGA